AUUAAAGAACAAAAAAUUGUUGUGGAUGAACUUUCUAACCUGAAGAAAAACAGGAAAGUCUAUAAACAGCAGCAAAACAGCAACAUAUUCUUUCUUGCAGACCGAACAGAAAUGCUUUCUGAAAGCAAAAAUAUAUUGGAUGAACUGAAAAGAGAAUACCAAGAAAUAGAAAACUCAGAGAAGACUAAAAUCAAGAAAUAGUCAACUUAAUUUCACAUAAAAAUGUGUGGCAUUUUUUGUUCCGUAAACUUUUCUGCUGAGCAUUUCAGCAAAGGUUUGAAUGAGAAUUUACUAUAUAAUCUUAAGCAACGUGGACCCAGUAGUAGUAACCAGUUGUUAAAGUCUGAUGUUAACUACCAGUGUUUAUUUUCUGGACACAUUCUUCACUUGAGAGGUGUUUUGACUGCCCAGCCUAUGGAAGAUGAAAGAGGCAAUGUGUUCCUGUGGAAUGGAGAAGUAUUUAAUGGAAUAAAAGUCACAGCUGAGGAUAAUGAUACUCAAAUUAUAUUUAAUUCUCUUUCCUCUAGUAACAAUGAAUCUGAUAUUUUGUCACUUUUCUCAGCAAUCCAGGGACCUUGGUCUUUUAUAUAUUAUCAAGCAUCUUGUCAUUAUUUAUGGUUUGGUAGGGACUUUUUUGGUCGACGUAGUUUGCUUUGGCAUUUUAGUAAUCUUGGUGAGAGUAUCUGCAUCUCUUCAGUUGGUACCCAAACAUCUGGAGAGGCCAAUCAGUGGCAAGAAGUUCCAGCAUCUGGAAUUUUCAGAAUUGAUCUCAAGUCUACUUCCAUUUCUAAAUGUGUGAUAUUAAAAUUAUAUACUUGGAAAUAUAAUUCUAGGGAGAAUGUUAGCAAAGAAUAUGUUAAUAGCCUGACUCAAAUUACAGCAGACUUGCCUAGGUUUGUAUCAGUGGAAACAAAUGAAGACAAACUAUAUCUGGAAAAACCUGUUGUUCCUUUAAACAUGAAGUUGCCACCAGCUCCAUUUGAAACUCAUUGCACUAGCAUUUCCAGAGUCUUACCUACAGGAGAAACACUGCAAGUCUAUCUUACUGACAAACACAUGAAAAAAGUGGUUCAGCAGUUCAUUGAUGUCCUGAGUAUCUCAGUUAAGAGACGUGUCUUAUGUUUACAAAGGGAGGAAAGCUUGACACCAAAUAAAGUUUUGAACAUGUGUGGUAGGAAAGCAAACAUUGCAAUUCUGUUUUCUGGGGGCAUUGAUUCAAUGGUUCUUGCAACCCUUGCUGACCGUUAUAUUCCAAUUGAUGAACCAGUCGAUCUUCUUAAUGUGGCUUUCAUGACUAAAGAAAAGAAUAUACCAACUAGUUUUAACAACAAAAAAAAUAAGCAGAAGAAACAUCACUGUGAAAUAGCUCCUGAAGAAUUAUCUGAGAAUCUCGUUGCCACCACCAAUGAUCAAUUUGAUAAGCAAUUCAAUGUACCAGAUCGAAUCACAGGAAGAGCGGGACUAAAAGAACUACAAAUUGUCAGCCCUUCCCGAGUUUGGAAUUUUGUUGAAAUUAAUGUUUCUUUGGAAGAACUACAGCAAUUAAGAAGAACCCGAAUUUGCCAAUUAAUUCACCCCUUGGAUACAGUUCUGGAUGACAGCAUUGGUUGUGCAGUCUGGUUUGCUGCUCGAGGAAUUGGUUGUGUCGUGACACAGGAUGAGGUGAAAUCCUAUCGGAGCAAUGCAAAGGUCGUUCUUACUGGAAUCGGUGCAGAUGAACAACUUGCAGGUUAUUCUCGCCAUCGUUUGUGCUUUCGGACACAUGGGUUAGAAGGAUUGAAUAAGGAAAUAGAAAUGGAACUAGGUCGAAUUUCUUCUAGAAAUCUUGGUCGUGAUGACAGAGUUAUUGGUGAUCAUGGAAAAGAAGCAAGAUUUCCUUUCCUGGAUGAAAAUGUUGUCUCCUUUCUAAAUUCCUUGCCAAUUUGGGAAAAGGCAAAUUUGACUUUACCCCGCGGAAUUGGUGAAAAACUACUUUUGCGCCUUGCAGCUGUGGAACUUGGUCUUACAGCCUCUGCUCUUCUGCCAAAACGAGCCAUGCAGUUUGGAUCCAGAAUUGCAAAAAUGGAAAAGAAUAAUGAAAAAGCAUCUGAUAAGUGUGAAAGGCUCCAAGGAAAUUCCUUAGAAAAUCUUUCUAUUGAAAAGGAGAUUACAGUAUAAUAUGGUUUCACAUUUGCUACUGAUAGUUAUGUAAAAAUAAAAUACUCUGUUGUUUUAUUGUUAUAUAAUUUCAUGGUUUUAAAAUUC